CAAAACUUCACACUUCAAUUCAAUCCCCAAACCUUCCCGCGAAAUUCAAACUCGGUUUUUCCGAAAAUCGGUGCAGUUUUUGCAAGUGGAGCACGAUCUCAACGAAGACAACUAUGGGCGAGGCCGACCUUUCAUUGAGGAGGAUUAUGUAUGUAUGUAUGUAUGUAUACGGGAACUAUGAUGAUUGGGCAUCGCACCUACUUUGAGGGAGUGAUGACAGAGGUUACGUUUAGAUUUAAUUCUGUUUUAAUUUAUAGAUUUAAUUAUGCACAAAUUGCAAUUCUGAAAUUAAGAGGAUGGUGAAUAUUUGCGAAUUUAGGGAAACUUAUGAUUUGAGCAGUUGUUAUUACAAUUCAGAUUCACACCUUUGAGAUAUGAGCUUUUAUAGAUGAUAAUUGAUGCCCUUAGUAAAAUAAUGCAAGUCUGCUCAAGCUCAACAACGGCAUAAUUGAUGAAUACAGAAGUUGAAGCUUCUUUCAAGAUCAUAACUGAUGCCCCUAGUGAAACAAUGUUUAUAUCCAACUCCAUAACAUAUUAUCGACUAUGAGCAAGUUGAGUCGCAGCUGAGUUGUUAUCUUGGACAUAUUCUAGGCAAAGAGUCAAAGACAACAACCUUAAUAAAAUUAUAAGCCAACUACUCAAUAUAUUAGUCAAAUAACAAUUUUAUCUUAUUUGCUCAAGGUCAACAAUCAGUUCAGUUUUUUAGAUUCAAUCAUCUUGUUUUUGUGUGAUUGCAGUUUUGCAACAAGGUUUCCUUCCUUUGUUUUCCAAGCAAGAAGAUAUCUGAAAAAUGGCAUACAAUCUUCAAACUCUCAUCACCAUUCUUGAAGGAAUCCUUGAUCCUGACCAACCACGAUGGGUUGUUGAUGAAAACAACCCUCAACUCAGAUCCCUCCUCGAUAAAGCUACUUCUCUUCAGCAGCUCGUUGAUAAAUCUUCACUCACCAAAAUAGACAGCCAAAUCAGACAAGUAGCACAUCAAGCACACGACAUCAUUGAAUCCCACAUGGUUAAUCAUAUGCUUUCCGGAUCUAAUUGUGUGAGAUUCACUUUUUCAACACCAGAUCUCCAGCAAGUAACACGAGAUCUUGAUUCUGUUAUUGAGCAAGUGAAGAAGCUCGUGGAGAUGGAGGAUAAGAAGAUGCUGCAAGAACUUGAUUCUGCCACGGAACAAGUGAAGCUCGUGGAGGUGGAGGAUAAGAAGAUGCCGUCUAGCAGUUCAUCGAGUGUUGUGGUGGGAAUUGAUGCAGAUCUGAUGCAGCUCAAGGAUCGGCUGACUGAUGUGGAGAAGCUGCAAAUUGUCCCCAUCGUUGGUAUGGGUGGAGUAGGUAAAACCACUCUAGCUCGAAAGCUUUAUGAAGAUCCAUUGAUUGUUGGUCACUUUGAUUAUCGUGCUUGGACCACUAUCUCUCAAAAUUACAAUAUUAGACAGAUUCUCAAAAGCCUUCUUGGUUACAUAACUGGAAAAGAAUAUGAUCAACAUAAUGAUGAGUUAAAAGUUACGUUGCGUAAGAAUUUGUUUGGCAGAAGGUACUUGGUUGUAUUAGAUGAUAUGUGGAGCACACAAUUCUGGGAUGAGAUAAAGAUGUACUUCCCAGACAACAACAAAGGGAGUCGCAUUGUGAUCACCACUAGGGAAUCUGGUGUGGCGAACUAUGUAGACUCUUUGAGUUUGCAACAUCAGGUGCAGUUGCUUAGUGGGUCUGAAAGUUGGAAUCUGCUUCACCAACUUGUGUUUAGAGAAGAGGAUUGCCCUCAUGUAUUGGAAGUCAUUGGUCGAAAGAUUGCUGGCCAUUGCGGUGGGCUUCCUUUAGCCAUCAGUGUGAUUGGAGGGCUACUAUCUAAGAUCGAAAGAUCAGAAGAUGAAUGGAAGAAAAUUGGGAAGGAUGUAAAAGCAGCAAUUGCUGAAUCGGGUGAGCAAUGCUCUAGUAUAUUGUCUUUAAGUUAUAACCACUUGCCGAAUCACUUGAAACCAUGUUGCUUAUACAUGGGGGCUUACCCUGAAGACUACGAGAUUAAAGGCUCCAGACUCGUACAUUUGUGGGUGGCAGAAGGAUUUGUAAAAUCAAAUAAGGAAAGAAGUUUGGAGGAAGAGGCAAAGGAUUGGCUAAAGUCUCUAGUAGAGAGAAAUCUAAUUUCAGUUAGAGGAAAGAACAAGUACGGAAAUUCAAAGAGUUACAGCAUGCAUGAUAUGAUGAGGGAUGUAUGCAUUAGGAAAUCUGAUGAAGACAAGUUUCUGCAUGUGAAGAAUGGUCCCGAGCUCACAUUCUCUAAUCCACGCCGCGUGAGUUUUGACAUUUCAAAUAGCAUGGACAAUGUUAAUGUUUUAACAGAGUCCAUGGCACUUACUCGAUCUGUUAUAGGCAUUGGUGAUUCUCAGAGGGAUGAGAUUCCUCCUGUUGCCUUUUUCUCCUCGAGAUUGCUAACGGUGUUGGAUUUAAUGUACAUAAAUUUUGAAGAGUUCCCAACUGAAAUAUUUGAAUUUGUCAACCUACGCUUCUUAAGUAUCUGGUGCCGUUCGAGGAUACCUAGAGGAAUAUCAAGAUUGCAGAAUUUGCAAACCUUGAUAGGUUAUGUCUGGUUUGAUGUGUCAUCUGAGCUAUGGCAGCUCUCCGAGUUAAGAAAUCUCAACGUGCGUGAAAUUCAGUUGUUAAAAGACAAGGAAAUGAACUACUGUGUUCUGAAGAAGCUCCAAAUAAUUUCAGUUACAACUCUAACUAGAGAGGCAGAAACUUGGGAUGGUUUCCUCAAAAGCAUUCCAAAUAUCAAAAAGUUGGGGAUUGAUGAUGGCUACAGCAGAAGAUCCACGGCAAUCGAUCUUAGUCAUCUUCUCGAGCUUGAGAUAUUAAGAUGCAAUUAUAUCAGAAUCAUACCCUUCGCAGAUGGUUCGGAUGAUUGUUCCAAAGUUACGUUUCCCUGUAACAUCAGAAAACUAGUACUGUGUGGGUGUGAAAUAAAUUCGAGAGUGUUGGGGACUCUAUGUGAACUACGUAAGCUGGAAGUGCUCAAGAUAAGUGCAUGCAGUUUUAAAAGGGAGGAGGAGACAAGCGAUGAAGAGUGGGAGGUAGCAGAGGGAGAUGAGUUCCCCUCACUGCAGUUUCUGUAUCUCGAAUUUUUGAUUCUUGUGAGUUGGAUAGCCGAUUGGACCAACUUCCCCAGACUCCACCACCUCCGUGUAGAUAACUGCAUAUAUCUAGAGGAAAUCCCUAGCGGCAUUGGAGAAAUCCCAACGCUCCAAUUAAUAGAGUUGGAUGGAUGCAGCAAAUCCGCAGUGGCCUCAGCAGAAACGAUUGUGGAGGAGCAGCAAUCUGACUAUGAAAACUAUGAUCUCAAACUUUCUAUCCUAGACCCGCGCUAGUGAACGCACUUCCAAAAGGUAACCAUUUCUGCUACUUGAAGAUUUUGAAUGCACUGUGGUUUCAACAACAGGUGAGGCUAAGUAGGAUUGGCAACUUCAUUUAUUUUCAUUUAUAUUUAAUAUCAGAAAGUAUUACACUGUAUCUUAUUUAUCUUUUCUUCUUUAUCAAAUCUUCUUCAAGUGUAAGGAGUUGGAUGCAACGCAGCCUUGUGUCCUCAUAUGGAGCUUGUGCAGGAAUGGGCCAACGACCUUCUUCAGUCGACAAGCUCCGUUUUCUGAAUCGAUGAACAUCAUUAGUGCAAGUUUUUAUAUUGUAAUAUCGUUAAAGAUUCAAGAAAAUUUCUAUAGUUUUUACCUACUUUUGUACUAAUCAUAUACUAGUAUUUCAUAAUUACUGGGUUUUGGGGGUACUUUUUUCCUUGCA